AGCAGAUUACCAACACCUGCAGAGCAGUCUCAGUUGAUCAUUUCUCUUCUCUUCUCUUCUCUUCGCGUCUCUCUGUCUAUGAACUCCCGCCAUUAAUCCAACCUUCGGAUUCUCACCCCUAACCAUGAAUCAGUUCUCUUCCUAACCUCCAAAUUUAAAAGUCACAGAACUUCUCUCUCAAAAUACACCGGCAUUAUCCAAUGAUCACCGUUACUCUCGCGCCGUGAUCAAUCCGUGACCUGUCGAUCAGAUCAAAUCUCGGGAAUUCUCUUCAUUCUCGUGCAAUGUCUUGGGGAUUAGGCUGGAAACGACCGUCGGAGAUCUUCCGUUUAACGCUCAACUAUGGGGCGGAGGAAUCCGAGGAAGAUCUUAACCGUUUGUCAACAUCUACAUCAUCGGGCUCAGUAUCUUCAUCUUCUCCGUCGUCACCUUUGUCUCCGCCUCGAGAUCAAGAGCUUGGAUUUCGGAUUGAUUUGGAUUGGACGGCUGCCGAUGACGAGGACCAGGUGGCUUUGAGGUUGCAGUCGCAGUUGAUGGUGGCGUUGCCUUUGCCACAAGAUUGUGUGACAGUGGAUUUGAAUAGUAAGACGGAGGAGGGUGAGGAAGGGAAUGUGGGGGUGGAGAUGAAGGUUGUCAAGCGGAGGGAGCCAUUGCGAGGGAUGACGAUGAGUAAGGCUGGGUCUGGACAGCAGAGCGAUGGGGUUGGGGUUUUGACAAGGUUACUGAGGUCCAACUUGGCUACUGAUGGUGGUGGAGUUGGGGAUGGUUCCGGGUUGGGUUAUGGCGACCAUUGGCAGAACGUCACCUUGCUAAGCCUCUGUGGGUGUGGUCUAUCGGUAUUACCAGCGGAGUUAAUUGGAUUGCCACUCCUUGAGAAGCUUUAUCUUGAUAACAAUAGGCUUUCAGUUUUGCCACCAGAGCUUGGUGAACUGAAAAAUUUGAAAGUUCUCAGCGUUGACUACAACACACUGGUUUCAGUUCCUGUUGAACUGAGGCAGUGUGUAGGACUGGUGGAAUUGUCUCUGGAACACAACAAGCUUGUUCGACCUCUUCUCGAUUUCAGGGCUAUGGCUGAGCUACAAAUUCUUAGGCUAUUUGGUAAUCCUCUGGAAUUCCUUCCUGAAAUUCUUCCCCUGCGCAAACUUCGCCACUUUUCUCUGGCUAACGUAAGGAUUGUAGCUGAUGAGAAUUUAAGAUCAGUGAAUGUACAGAUAGAGAUGGAGAACAGUUCUUAUUUUGGUGCAUCAAGACACAAGCUGAGUGCCUUCUUCUCUCUUUUAUUUCGUUUUUCUUCUUGUCAUCACCCUUUGCUGGCAUCAGCUCUGGCAAAGAUAAUGCAAGAUCAAGGAAACCGUGCUGUUGUCGGUAAAGAUGAGAAUGCAGUGCGGCAACUUAUUAGCAUGAUAAGUAGUGAUAACCAACAUGUGGUCGAACAAGCAUGCUCUGCCCUGUCAACUCUUGCCGGAGAUGUUUCUGUUGCAAUACAGUUGAUGAAAUGCGACAUAAUGCAACCUAUUGAAACAGUGCUGAAAUCGGUUGCACAUGAGGAAGUAAUUUCUGUGUUACAAGUUGUGGCCACCUUGGGCUUUACUUCUGAUACUGUAGCUCAGAAAAUUUUGACCAAGGAUUUGUUGAAAUCAUUAAAACUAUUAUGUGCACAUAAAAACCCAGAGGUGCAAAGAUUAGCUUUAUUGGCAGUUGGAAAUUUGGCCUUCUGCUUGGAGAAUCGCCGAAUAUUGGUUACCUCUGAAAGUCUACGGGACCUUCUGAUGAGGUUGACGGUUACAUCUGAACCACGUGUGAAUAAAGCAGCUGCUCGUGCUUUGGCAAUUCUUGGAGAGAAUGAAAAUAUGCGGCGUGCCAUUAGAGGAAGACAAGUUGCAAAGCAAGGUCUGCGCAUACUCUCAAUGGAUGGAGGUGGUAUGAAAGGCCUAGCAACAGUGCAGAUCCUUAAAGCAAUUGAAAAGGGAACUGGAAAACGUAUACAUGAAUUGUUUGACCUUAUAUGUGGCACAUCAACGGGCGGGAUGCUAGCUGUUGCUCUUGGUAUCAAGCUGAUGACAUUGGAUCACUGCGAAGAAAUAUAUAAAAAUCUUGGAAAACUUGUCUUUGCUGAACCUACACCCAAGGAUAAUGAAGCUGCAAGUUGGAGAGAGAAGUUGGAUCAGCUUUAUAAAAGUUCAUCGCAAAGUUUUAGAGUUGUGGUACACGGAUCUAAACACAGUGCAGAUCAGUUUGAGAGGUUGUUAAAGGAAAUGUGUGCGGAUGAGGAUGGAGACCUAUUAAUAGAGUCUGCAGUAAAAAACAUACCUAAAGUUUUUGUUGUAUCAACUUUGGUUAAUGUGAUGCCGGCUCAACCAUUCAUUUUCCGCAACUAUCAGUAUCCAGCUGGAACGCCUGAAGUGCCUUUUGCAAUUUCAGAAAGUUCAGGUGUGACAGUGUUAGGAUCACCAACAACUGGAGCUCAAGUUGGCUAUAAACGCAGUGCUUUUAUUGGGAGCUGCAAACAUCAUGUUUGGCAAGCUAUAAGAGCAUCAUCUGCCGCCCCAUAUUAUCUUGAUGAUUUUUCAGAUGAUAUAUACCGCUGGCAAGAUGGUGCUAUAGUGGCAAAUAAUCCUACCAUCUUUGCCAUAAGGGAAGCACAACUUCUGUGGCCUGAUACAAAAAUUGACUGCUUGGUUUCAAUUGGCUGUGGUUCUGUUCCAACAAAGUUGAGGAAAGGUGGUUGGCGUUAUCUGGACACUGGGCAAGUGUUGAUUGAGAGUGCAUGUUCAGUGGAUCGAGUGGAGGAAGCUUUGAGCACGCUGCUACCCAUGCUUCCUGAAAUACAAUAUUUUCGUUUUAAUCCAGUUGAUGAACGUUGUGAUAUGGAGCUGGAUGAGACUGAUCCAGCAGUCUGGCUGAAGUUGGAAGCUGCAGUUGAGGAAUAUAUCCAUUCUAAUUCAGAAGCCUUAAAGAAUGUUUGUGAGAGACUACUAAUGUCCAAUAAGCAUGAUGAUAAGUUAUUAGAGAAUUUGAAAAAUCAGCAAUUCCCAAAGGCAAAGGUGUUAUAUACAGAUGAGAAUGGUGCGUCUUUGGGUUGGAGGCGUAAUGUGCUACUUGUUGAAGCUUUGCAUAGUCCAGAUUCAGGAAGAGUUAUGCACCAUGCUCGGGCACUUGAAUCUUUUUGCAGCCGUAACGGAAUUAGAUUGUCUCUUAUGCUUGGGACAUCUGGAGUCACAAAGCCAGCGCCAGCAACAGCAUUCCCAUCACCAUUUACUUCACCUCUGAUUACUGGAAGCUUCCCUUCUAGUCCACUUAUAUACAGUCCUGAUUUUGGGCCCCAAAAGGUUGGCCGAAUCGACAUGGUUCCGCCUUUGAGCUUGGAUGGAUUUCAAUCUGGAAAGAAUGCUACAUCACCCCCCAUGUCUCCUUCAGGGCGUAGACAGUUAUCUUUACCUGUUCGGUCAUUGCAUGAAAAGUUGCAGAAUACUCCUCAAGUAGGAAUUAUACAUCUGGCCCUUCAAAAUGACUUGUUUGGUUCAAUACUAAGUUGGCAGAAUGAUGUAUUUGUUGUUGCCGAACCUGGAGAUCUUGCAGAUAAGUUUCUCCAAAGUGUCAAAUUGAGCUUGUUAACUAUGGUGCGUGGCCGCCGCAGGAAGGUCACAUCACUUCUUGCUAAUAUUUCAACAGUUUCUGAUCUGGUUCGGUAUAGACCAUACUUCCAAGUCGGAAAUGUUGUCCAUCGUUAUAUAGGACGACAGACACAGGUUAUGGAGGAUGACCAGGAAAUUGGGGCAUAUAUGUUUCGUAGAACAGUUCCUUCAAUGCACUUAACACCUGAUGAUGUUCGCUGGAUGGUUGGAGCUUGGAGGGACAGGAUCAUAAUAUGCACAGGGACAUAUGGACCUACUCCAACUUUAAUUAAGGCCUUUCUGGAUUCUGGUGCAAAAGCUGUUAUAUGCCCUUCUGCCGAACCCCUAGAAAUUCCGGUGACAUCUGCCCAUGGGUCAGGAGAUUUCCAUUUUCUGGAGAAUGGGAGGUUUGAGAUUGGAGAGGAAGAGGCAGAGGAUGAAGAGGCAGAGCCAGUCAGUCCAACAAGUGAUUGGGAAGAUAGCGAUCCUGAGAAGACUGGGGAGCGUUCAAUGGGUUUUUGGGAUGAUGAUGAAGAGGAAUUAUCAGAGUUUGUUAGUAAGUUGUAUGAUAAAUUGUUUCGAGAAGGGGCAAGGAUAGAUGUGGCUCUACAAAGUGCUCUUGCUUCACAUAGGAGGAUGAGGUAUUCUUUCCAUCUUCCCAGUAUACAAUAACUAGUUUGAACAAUACAUACAAGAAAAUGAAAAUUAAAGACAUGUUAUAGAGGGGAACCAAAAAGGGGAAAAAAAAAGGGGGGGGAUGAAUGAGAAUAUAUGAGUUCAUGAAUAAUUAGAGUGAGUGCGGGAGAGAAUGUUUCCAAUUUUGAGGCUGAAGUAAUACAUCUAUGUUCUUUGUUGUUCAUUACAGAACACAAGUAAAUAGCAUAUACCAUGUAACAGAUCCUGCUGUCUAUUUUCAUUGAACUGUUCGAACAAAAUGAAACUUGUACUCUCAUUGAGUAUAUCAGCCUUAAAUCUCUAAUACUUCUUCUUA